CUCGAGGUUUCACAGUCCUUAACUCUUCAGGCUUUCUCCUGAGGGCGGGCAGCUCUGAUUGGCCGCGGUUGCUGUCGUCGAAUCUCUCCCCCCAGCCAGCCCCAGAACAAGACGAAUCUACCUUCUUUGGGUUCGGCUAUCUCCGGCACCCCUCGUUGUUGGGGCGUGGUCUCCCAGCGACGUUUUCUCAUUGGCUCUUCAGAACGAUCGGCUUUUUCCGGCUGGAGCCGCCAGCCAACGGCGUCUGUGAUUCGUUCCGCUUCAGGGUACGACAGCCCAGCCGAAGCUGGCGGGCGCGGGCUCGGCGGGCGAUUUCCAGACGCCUUUUACGCAGGCGGCUGGGCGCUGGGCGGUGUGAGGCUGGGUGGGGGAGGAAGGAGGCGGACCACGAGUAGGAAGGGGGAGGGGGAGGAGGAAGGGCUAAGGCGGCUGCGCAGACGGCUCUCCUCACGCAGAGCAGCCCCCGACCCGGGCGAAUGCGGGCUUGUGCCGCCUCCGCCUCUGCCUCCGCCUCCGCCGCCCGGGCCGAGUGACAAAGGAAGGAAGGAAGCGAGGAGGAGCAGGGCCCGCUGCCGUUGACAGGGCUUCGCGCUAGGGGCACCGCGCGGACACUUCCUGAGCGGCCACUGAGCUGAGGCGAGGGGCGGAGGGGGGCCGCGCCGGUUCUGCGGACGGGGGAGAGGACCCCGAGGGACACAGCGGUUGCCGGGUUCCCAUGUCCCCGGCGUAUGGGAAGAAGUCGAGGAGCCGCUGCCUGGGAUCUGAAGGGAGCUGCCUCCGCCGCCGCCAUGGCCGCUGGAUACAGCCGCCGCCUGCAGCUGCCCCUGGCGCAAUGAGAGGAACCGCCGCCACCCGCCGCUGACUGACUGGACUCCUCCGCCCUCCGGUUCGCCGGGCCGCCGCCGCCCGCCCGACGGGUCUCGCCGCUGCCGGAGCCGCAGUGUUGGCCGUCGCAUCCCGAGCCAUCCCCUCCCUCUUUCCCAUCCCCCUUCUCUUCAAGCGUGAGACUCGUGAUCCUUCCGCCGUUUCCCUUCUUCAUUGACUCGGAAAAAAAUCCCCGAGGAAAAUACAAUAUUUCAGAGUACUUAUUUUCAAUCAAGAAUUUGCCCUCGUUCACGUGAGAUACAUAAAUAUAUUAUAUAUAUAUAUUUUUAAGGAUUCCACUCCACCCUUUUUCUUACCUCCCAGGAAAGGGAGGUGAAAGAAUUGUGUCCCACCCCAGCCCCAAAUCAUCUGUAUGUUAAAUAUCGGUGCGGAUCAGUUUUGAAGGAGAAAUACAUUGCUUUUUUUUUUUUUUUUAAAUAGCUGUACAAAAGGAGCGCCAAGCCAAGUGGACGGUCAUUUUUUUCUUUUCUCUUUUUCUUGUGGGAGAACUUAAUGCUGCAUUUAUCAUUAACCUAACACCCCAACACACAACAAAAGGAAGCAAAGGACGAAGGAAGGAAAAGGUGAUUCGGAAAGAGUAAUCAUGUCAGGGCGGCCCAGAACCACCUCCUUUGCGGAGAGCUGCAAGCCGGUGCAGCAGCCUUCGGCUUUUGGCAGUAUGAAAGUUAGCAGAGAUAAAGAUGGCAGCAAGGUAACCACAGUGGUGGCAACUCCUGGACAGGGUCCAGACAGGCCCCAAGAAGUCAGUUACACAGACACUAAAGUGAUUGGAAAUGGAUCAUUUGGUGUGGUAUAUCAAGCCAAACUUUGUGAUUCAGGAGAACUGGUUGCCAUCAAGAAAGUUUUGCAGGACAAGCGAUUUAAGAACCGAGAGCUCCAGAUCAUGAGAAAGCUAGAUCACUGUAACAUAGUUCGAUUGCGUUAUUUCUUCUACUCAAGUGGUGAGAAGAAAGAUGAGGUCUACCUUAAUCUGGUGCUGGACUAUGUUCCGGAAACAGUGUACCGAGUUGCCAGACACUAUAGUCGAGCCAAACAGACACUCCCUGUGAUCUAUGUCAAGUUGUAUAUGUAUCAGCUGUUCAGAAGUUUAGCCUAUAUCCAUUCCUUUGGAAUUUGCCAUCGAGAUAUUAAACCUCAGAACCUCUUGUUGGAUCCUGAUACAGCUGUAUUAAAACUCUGUGACUUUGGAAGUGCAAAGCAACUGGUCCGAGGAGAACCCAAUGUUUCAUAUAUCUGUUCUCGGUACUAUAGGGCACCAGAGUUGAUCUUUGGAGCCACUGAUUAUACCUCUAGUAUAGAUGUAUGGUCUGCAGGUUGUGUGUUGGCUGAGUUGUUGCUAGGACAACCAAUAUUUCCUGGGGACAGUGGUGUGGAUCAGUUGGUGGAAAUAAUCAAGGUCCUGGGAACACCAACAAGGGAGCAAAUCAGAGAAAUGAACCCAAACUACACAGAAUUCAAAUUCCCGCAAAUCAAGGCACAUCCUUGGACAAAGGUCUUCCGACCCCGAACUCCACCCGAGGCAAUUGCAUUAUGUAGCCGUCUACUGGAGUAUACACCAACUGCCCGGUUAACACCGCUGGAAGCUUGUGCGCAUUCAUUUUUUGAUGAAUUACGGGACCCAAAUGUCAAACUACCAAAUGGGCGAGAUACACCUGCACUCUUCAACUUUACCACUCAAGAGCUCUCGAGUAAUCCACCUCUGGCCACCAUCCUUAUUCCUCCUCAUGCUCGGAUUCAAGCAACUGCUUCAACCCCUACAAAUGCCACAGCAGCCUCAGAUGCUAAUGCUGGAGACCGUGGACAGACCAAUAAUGCCGCUUCUGCAUCAGCUUCCAACUCCACUUGAAUAGUCCCGAGCAGCCAGCUGCACAGGAAAACCACCAGUUACUUGAGUGUCACUCAGCAACACUGGUCACGUUUGGAAAGAAAAUUAAAAAGAGAAAAAAACAAAACCCUGUUCAUUUUAGUGUUCAAUUUUUUUUAUUAUUGUUGUUCUUAUUUAACCUUGUAAAAUAUCUAUAAAUACAAACCAAUUUCAUUGUAUUCUCACUUUAGGGAAGAGCCAAGGGGUGGGAGGGUUGGUGGGGGGAUAUCAUAGCACUAGAACACACAAUCUCCCACGACAAUCUUUUUUCUUUUUUAUCAAAAGUCUGCUAUUGUGUAUUCUAAAAACAGGACUACUGCCUCAUGCCCCUUCCACAAAAGAAAACCUUGUUCUGUGCUGGUUUCUUUUUUGAACUUUGUUUUCUUUUAAAGUCUGGUAUAAGACUUUGGUAUAGUGAACAGCUUGAAAUUGGUUGGGAGCUUAGCAGGUAUAACUCAACAGGGACUUAAAUGUCACUUGUAAAAUUAAUCCAUAUCCUUGGGUAUUUAAAGACUUGCUGUUGGCAUGUUGUUGGCAGGUAUGGAAGACAAAAAAAAAAAAGAAAUAUAUAUUGUUCAUAACCCAGGGAGGUCACUGAAGUCUGAAACUGUAAGGGAAGAUUCUUGCUUGAUUGGUUAAAAUUCGUUUUGCUCUUGGCCAGUGUUAGUGGUGAAGAAGCCCGCUUUGGAAGGCUGCCAACAGAGCAGCAAGCAGGAUCUGACCUGCGUGCUUGGGUGCGUGCAUCUCUGUUCACGCAACCAAAGGCUCUCUUCAAAUCUUCGCACUGUUAAGAACUGGCGCCCUAGGAGUCUGAAAAGAGUGUUGAGCAAGCCCCUCUGGAUGCAGAGGCCAGAAAGCUCAAGAGGAUAGGCCAGGGGCAGAUCUCACCACUGUGAAUGAAUUUGUCCAGAUUUUUUUCUAACAUUACUUCCCUUAGAAAAAUAUACUCAAGAGGACAUUGUAGCUAAAUAAUGUGAACUUUAACAGUCUACUGCUUUAUUUUUCAUAUUUUUUAAUUGAAAAUCAGGCACGCAAGAAUUGCCACAUUCUUACACAUAGUUCUAAUUUUAAAUCCAAAUAUAGAAUCUGUAUUUAAUUUCAGCUCUUUUAACCUGUUGCUUUUAAAUUUUAUUUAUUGAUGCAUGUCAGGCCAUUAUGAUUUUAGAUGGUAGGAAUAUUAAAAACACAUCAAAAUGAUAAAGUCACCUGUACCUGCUGACUUUAUAGGAAAACUGAUGAUAUAAAUGUGUAUAUGUUAUGUAAACACAUAUUCAGUGCUGCCUUUUUUUUGUCUACAGUAUCAAAAUUGACUGGUUGAAGCAUGAGAAGAAUGCCCCCAACCCCAGUUGAGUUUUGUUUCUGUUUUCUUUGUUUAUCAAUGGAUGGCGUAAGAGUCAGUCUCUUGUUUUUGAAGAAAAAGCAAUAUUCCUUGGGAAGCAGGAGGAUUGAAGGGUUAUGUUUGCAGUGAGGAAUAGAUUUCAUAAUUAGUUUGUUUUAUACUUUUAAGGUUGGUAUCUUUGUGGGCCUUAUAUACUCUAAAAAGAACCUUAGUCACCUUGGUGCUUAUGGGCCAUUACUUGACCUAUGAAUCUUUAAGGCACAAUCAGUUAGCUUUUACAUUUAAAGAUCACUUGAGUGAUGGCCCCUUUCCUUCCUUCCCACUUUCCCACUCCAUCCCCACACACCUUCUAAGGUUUAGUUGAUAACCAGGGCUGCAGAGCCCUAGGCUGUGUGUAGUCUCUUUACCCUCAUUGUCCCCUUAGGUCAUGUUAGGGGUCUCGCCCUCCAGGUGGUUAGGAAGUGGAGUCUCUUGGCAGCCCUCACACAGGCCCUGUCAUGCUUUUUCGACCGUGUGUAUGACCCUCGAAAGUCAUACUGCCUGCUGAAAUGAACAGGUACCUAGAAAGGCAACAGUGAGCCGUCUAUUUUUCACUCACUGUUUAGAAAAGCUCUUAGGUCGCAAAAGGGUCACUCAGACCUCUGGCUGUAUCAUGUUCACGAGAAAGGAAACACGCUCAGUCAAACCAAAUCAAACAAGUAGGCUUGUACUUUUUGUGAAGUGCUUUUGAGAGCUAAUUAAGAAUUCUGAAAUCAAAGCAUUUGGCAACAUGGUUCUUUAAAGGGAAUGACUUGGGAAACCAUUUUCACAAAGAAUUUGUAAAGAAUCUAAACAAGUUAGGUCUGUGAAUGAGAAGUGGACCUGCUUUCAGAUGAAACUGCCCAGGCAGAUAUGUGGACAGACACUACUUGGGACUUGGUAUACUCGCUAGAAGAAUCAAUAGAAAUCAGUGCUUAUUUCAGCAAAUACUUGCCCCCCUACACAUGGGGUAAGAGAAGAGAGAAAAGUCAGAUGCUUUUCUCUCAUUUGUGUGGUGUGUGCGUGCGUGCGUGCGUGCGUGUGUGUGUGUGUGUGUGUGUGUGUGUGUGUGUGUGUGUGUGUGUGUGGGCUGAGGUGCACGAUUUUUCUUUCUCAAGGAUCAUGGCGGGAUCACAGAACUCUUUUAUACAAGUGAGAUCCAGGUCUCUGAAUAUCUUUUUGUAAAUAAUAAUAAUAAUUAAAAGCUCCUCACCAAAUUCAAGCUUGUACAUUAUAUUUUCUUUCAUGUUUUUAAAUUUAAGUUUUAUUGUUUUGUAUGUAAAUAUGUGGACCCAGGAACUGUUAUUAAUGAGCAAAAAGUUACUGUUCAGGGCAGUGAUUCUGUUUAAUAACCAGACAAAAUGUAGACGAGCUUUUUAAAGCCAUAUAGUUUUAACUCUGUACAGUAGGUACCGGCCUGUAUUAUUGUAACAAUAACUCUAGCAAUGUAUAGUGUAUCUAUAUAGUUUGGAGUGCCUUCGCUUCCAUGUAUUUGGUUUUUCUGUUUUGUUUUUCAUUUUUUAAAUUUUAAUCGAUUUCCUUUGUCUAUGUGUCUCUGUUCAUCCCCUUUCCCUGUGAAAUAAUAACUUAUCACAUCAGUACCUUUGCUCCUCACAGUGAAGCUUCAGUGAUCAGGAGUGGGAAGAGGAAACUAUGUUCAUAUCUCAUUUCAUUUGAGCCUGGCCUUUGUUUUGGUUCUGAAUGUGUUUCCUCCUCUGUGACAGUGACUGGUUUGAUUUCAUACUUAGUCCAUUCAGGGACUUGGUGUAGUGGGGAGCCCUAGAGCUGGAGGAUAUCAAAUAGAUUAGAUUUUGCUCAUCUUUUCCACAAGCCCUAACCGUGGGUCUUAUAAACAGCAGGUUCUGGAAGCCUUCCAAGCUCACUCUCCUUACCUACUUCCUUCCCAAA